CUUGGCAUAUCCUUUGUGUCCUUUUUCAAAAACCUAGUUGUUCUUCUGUUUUGCUAGUGAAUUCAAGGAGCGACCGCAAGAGAAACGAUACCUAAGAAUGGCGCAGUUCAACUACUUGAACGAAAUGAACAGCUUCAUUGCGAUGGACGGGGAAAUAACGAAGGGACCCGUACCGCGAUGGCAGAAAAAGCUGGAACUUUCGGCUGCAUCGACAAGCUUCAACAAUAGUGCCCUGGCCAACACAUCAGCUCGUCAGAAGCUGUCGAUUUCGUUUACGGGAAACAAUGCGAACAACACGCUACAGACUACGGCAGGAUUUUCCAUGAAAUCACCACGAAAGAAUGGCGGAAAGAACGCGGCAUCUUCAGCGAAAAAACCGUCACAAACUCCGAGCAAGACCAGCGGGCAGCAGCAAACGGGUGGCGAUCGGUUCAUUCCCAGCCGUACGGCGUCAGACUUUGCUCGGGGCAAUUUUAUCGUAAAACAGAGUAAGGACGAGGAUGCAGAAAACGAGGAUGGAACAACGAGUGAAGGUGCGAGCCCAAAACAAAGCGACCGAAUGAAGAGUCUAUCGGAAGCGCUUGGGAACUGCGAUAUCGGCAACAAACGGGUGCUUUCGUAUCAGGUGAAACCACCACCGCCACCGGAGGGUUACGUGAACCCGCUGAAGGUGGUGUAUUCCGCGAAGACGCCGAUGUCGGCGAAGAGUGGCAGCAGAUACAUUCCCAAUGCACCGGAACGUAUCCUGGACGCACCGGAAAUCGUGAACGACUACUACCUAAACCUGAUGGACUGGAGUGGGGAUAAUGUGGUGGCAGUGGCGCUGGGACCCUCGGUGUACCUCUGGAAUGCGGCUACUGGUACGAUCGAGACCUUGUUCGAGAACGAGGGUAACGACCAGACCUGUUCGCUGAGCUGGAUUUCUGAGGGACACAUCUUGGCUGUGGGCACGAACGCGGGGACGGUUGAACUGUGGGACUGCGAGAAUGUAAAGCGUCUCCGCGUGAUGAACGGCCAUUCAGCGCGGGUCGGUGUGCUGGCAUGGAAUUCGUAUGUCCUUUGUUCGGGAAGCCGCGAUGGAACGAUUGUUAACCAUGAUGUUCGCACGCGACAACACAACAUCGGUGUCCUGCAGGGUCACACGCAGGAGGUCUGCGGUUUAAAAUGGUCACCGGAUGGGAAAUAUCUGGCUAGCGGAGGAAACGAUAAUCUUGUAAACGUGUGGGCUGCGGCAAGUGGAGCACCGCAUGCAACCACCGAACCGGUGUAUAUAUUUAAUCAGCACCAAGCGGCCAUCCGAGCACUAGCCUGGUGCCCCUGGCAGUCGCACGUUCUCGCCAGUGGAGGUGGUACAGCGGACCGAUGUAUUAAAUUUUGGAAUUGUGCCAGCGGGCAGCUGCUCAGCUCGGUAGACACAAAAUCGCAGGUGUGCGGGUUAAUCUUUUCGAAAACUUACAAAGAGCUCAUUUCCGCUCACGGAUACGUUAACAACCAACUGUCGAUCUGGAAGUAUCCUUCCAUGACCAAACAAGUUGAUCUGAUGGGCCACACUGGACGUGUGCUACAGAUCGCGAUGUCCCCUGAUGGAAGCACCAUUAUGAGUGCCGGUGCUGACGAAACACUCCGCAUGUGGAACUGUUUCGCCCCGGAUCCGCUGCUGACGAAGAAGGAAAAAAUGGCUGUGCGAGAAAAACCGAGCCUGCUGAAGCAGAGCAUACGUUAGGCGAGCUUUAACGCAAUAAAAUGCAUUUGCAUUCCAGAUUAAGCGGGGAACCAAUGCCCAUGGUUUCGUUUUUAGUAUGCCCCCCAUGGCUCUCUACGUGCUCGUAAUUUGACUGAUUGUAAUAUCGUUAGUAGGUGAAAUGUGUUUUAAAUUUUUUUUCUAUGACAAUGACAAUGUAAUGAUUAGAUUAAUGGUUUUGUAAACGCGUUAAUAAACAUGUAGCUGUUCUUAUGAUA